GUAUUUGUAGAAAAGAGAGUUCUGAAAAAAACAGUUCAUGAAGUGGCUUGGCUUGCAAUACUUAAAAUAACCCACUAAUAAUUACAUCAUGGGUUUGGAUAAGAGUCGGACCAUUUCAUUAUUGUUAUGUGUACACCGUAGGUGGUGUAAAAAUAACUCGCAUUUACGAUUUUCCCGUAAUCACAAAAUAGGCCCACCAGUGCAUUUUAUUUUUACAUUCGGAUUUAUUCCUUUGGGAAGACUGAACUCUUAGUCCAUGACGUCACGGUUUUAUUAAAGGUGUAUCAGAUUGUGCUUGUUUAACAAGAAAAUGCAUCAUAUCAAGCCAUUAGAUAUUAAAAUGGCAUUGUGUUGGGCUGUUGGCAAUUUGUAUCUGUGAUCUUGGCAUUAUUCUGAGCGAGAGUAUGUUAAGAAAAGUAUUUUAUGGCUAAAUAAAACACAGUAGCGUGCUAUUGUUGGAUAUAGUGUAUAGUUGUGUGUUGGUGUAAAGGAAAUAAACAAUUAAAGAGGAUAUGUAACAGGAGUUUAGUGUUAGCUAACAAACAUUGCAUUUUCUAAUACAAUAACUCUUAUUGUAAUGAUGAUAAUGAUGUUUUGGCGAUAACGUAGGCUACUACCCGCACUUCUCCUUUCUUGUUUUGCCCCAAAAUCAAUGUCAUUUUAAUUGAUCCCUUGGUGCCACAAAUCUCAGUCUUAUGUUUUGUUAAUACAUGCAUUCACAUUUAAUAAAUAUUUUUUUUAUAUGUCAGAUCCGCACCCAGGGAUAUUCAACAUUAUUUACUGUUCACCUUCAUUCUGAUGCUGACUGACUACAACAAACAAACAUGAUGCAAACUGGUGUUUUAGUUCUACAUUUGGAAAUAGUCCCGUGCAGAGUAGGGAUGGGCACCUCGAAUGAGGUUUACGAGUUUGCAUUUCAUUCACGUUUGCGCUGACAGUUUGUUGGAUUACACUUUGCGAGAGUAAUUAAUUGGAUUUUCCUAUAACCCUAUAUCCCCUCACAUUUUGUAAGCGUUAAUUAUGAUCAAACUGCGUUCCAUUGUUUCGCCAGUUUUUACAGAUCAACUAAAGAAUUAUGGGUUAAGCAUACUUUCCUGAAGCCGUUUGGCAAUUGAUUUACAUUUUUUAACGGUCUGGUUAAAGGCGAGUAUUUUUGCUUUUCCUCUACCUAUUCCACGAAAAGCCUCUCCGAAAAAGAAGGCGGUAAAUGUCAGUGGAAGAUGGCGAUCAGCGAUUAGUUGCCAAAUGAAUGCGUUCGAUUGGAGGGGCGCCUGGGAUUGAUGAGGAGAGUUGGCCAAUGAGAGCGCGUCAAAUGAAUGCCCGGGCUCCAGUUAAAGGGGGCGUAAGAGGAGGUAGUGCCAGUCCACUGAGAAAGAGGGACCCUCCGUGAUAAACAUAGACAAGCGAAAGAAAUAAACAUUCCAAUUCGAGAUGCUUCAAGAACAAGGAAGACUUAGUAAGAUAAUUACUCUUAUAUUCGUGUAAUUUGAAAACAACGACAUCGAUUCAGUUUGCAAGGAAAAGCGAAAAGGAAUCUCCUCAUUUCGUUGCAUUUGGGAUUUUGAGUAACAAGUUAUCCACAAGAAAAAUAUAGACUAACUCAAUGCGAAAAUCUUUUUUUUUUUUUUUUCUCCAGUGAGCGGAUCGAACUUCAUCGCCUCAUGUCGUGUUAUCAAAUCUGGAAGUUAAUAUUAUCGUAGUGCUUUCGAUUAUAUUGUGUGCUUUAUUGAAGCGCCUUGCGUAAGAGAAUUGGUUUGAGUUAACGAAAGAAUGUUAUUGGACGCUGGGCACCAGUUCCCUGGUUUGGGAGUGGGGACCUUUGCCAGGCAUCACCACUCAUCCAGUGAGAUGCAGGACAGAGAUUUGAGUUUAGCGCAGAACAGCUUCGUCGACUCGGCUCACAUGGGCGCCUUCAAACUGAACCACGAUCUCUCUCCCGGACAGAGUUCUGCAUUCACGAGCCAAGCGCCCAGUUACCCCGCAGCAGCUUUAGGCGCGCAUGCAGCUCAUGUCACAUCAUACGCGAGCUCGCCAUUUAACUCCACGCGGGACUUUCUCUUUCGCAGCCGUGGAUUCGGGGAAUCAUCACCGGCGGGCGGGCAGCAUGCGCUUUUCGGCCCCACGACCGGCUCCCUGCAUCACUCCCAUACAGACAGCCAAGGCCACAUCCUGUUUCCUGGCAUUCACGACCAGCAUGGAUCUCACGGCUCCCCAAACGUUCUCAAUGGGCAAAUGCGACUCGGACUACCUGGGGAGGUUUUCGGGCGAUCGGAUCAGUACCACCAGGUCUCCAGCCCGAGGACCGACCCCUACUCAGCCGCCCAGCUGCACAACCAGUACGGCUCCAUGAAUAUGAACAUGAAUAUGAAUAUGGCAGCGCAUCACCAUCACCCCGGUGCCUUCUUUCGAUACAUGCGGCAGCAGUGCAUCAAGCAAGAGCUCAUAUGUAAGUGGAUCGAUCCGGAGCAGCUCAGCAAUCCCAAGAAAAGUUGUAAUAAAACUUUCAGCACCAUGCACGAGCUGGUCACCCAUGUAUCGGUCGAGCACGUUGGAGGACCCGAACAGAGCAACCACGUCUGCUUUUGGGAAGAGUGUCCCCGGGAAAGCAAACCAUUUAAAGCCAAAUAUAAACUGGUCAAUCAUAUUCGCGUGCAUACGGGAGAAAAACCUUUCCCGUGCCCCUUCCCUGGAUGUGGCAAAGUCUUCGCAAGAUCGGAAAAUCUGAAGAUCCACAAGCGAACACACACAGGGGAGAAACCAUUUCAGUGUGAGUUUGAAGGAUGUGAUCGGCGCUUUGCGAACAGCAGUGACCGAAAGAAACACAUGCACGUUCACACGUCAGACAAACCGUAUCUGUGCAAAAUGUGUGACAAGUCCUACACUCACCCCAGCUCUCUUCGAAAGCAUAUGAAGGUUCAUGAGUCGUCUCCAUCUGCAUCUGACUCGUCGCCAGCGGCAAGUUCUGGUUAUGAGUCCUCAACACCCCCUGGUCUGGUGUCCCCCUCCACUGAGACCCAAAGCAACCACAAUCUGUCGCCCUCCUCAACGGUGCACAGUUCCAACAACCACAGCAGUUUAUCGUCCAAUUUCAGUGAAUGGUAUGUUUAAGACUGUCCCAGGAGGAACCAUUUCAGAAAAACAGGAGAUCCAUACAGCUUGUACAAAACGAACGCUCCUAUAUUGUGCGGUUUGUCCAGCAGGAUUUAAUAUUCCCACAUCAACAGAAGAGACGUGCGCAAAAGCACUAAACGGCCUCUUUAUUUUCUUUCUUUUUCAUUUUCUUUUGUACAUACUAGUACUACGCGCGCUCUUUCCCAGUGGUUGUAAUAGAUUAUGUCGGGUUUUGGUGUAUAGAUGUUCCUUCAAUGGUAGCUAUUUCUCUAACUGGACUUUUUAGUGCACAUAUUCCCAUAAAGUUGUAUUAUCAUAAUGAAUAUUGUCAUCCCAUUAAGGCAAACUGAUUGUAACUAAACAUCUAUUAACUGGAAAGAGUGCCAAAGUCAACAUUUAACGAAGACAGACACAAUAUUUGCUUGUGAAUGUAAAUCUUAGUUUGCUGGGAUUAACUUGUGAUGUUUUGUGCUUUGCAAGUUUGAAUUGUGAUAUAUUUGGGAGAUUGUGGGGCAAAUUAAUGUCGUGCCGUUAAAUAUCUGUAACUACACCCUCUUUUUUGUAAAUAUCGACUGCAAUAUUUAUCCAUUUGUAAUUAAAUUAUGGCAUUUACUUGCUACAGAUGAAACGAUAUUUAUAAAGAAUGUUUCUUUACUAUACAUAUGUACAAUAAUGUGCUGAACAAGGCCAGUUGGUUUUGUUAUAUGUGUUUUUGUUCAAAGUUUAAGAAGUGUUUUCUCCAUUAUUGUGAUAAGAAUUUUACUGCAUACAGAUAUAAUAAAAUGUGGUGCAAGUGUACAA